AUGCUUUGCGGUCGCCCUCAUAUGGGUCAUAUUGCAUUUGAUGAAGUCGACCGCAGAAAGAGUAGCCUUUGCUCUGAAUACCCAUACAUUAUCGCCCGCCCUAUAACACUUCAGGAGACAAAAAUCUGGCUGUGGAAGGGCAGCGGUUGUGGGGCUACUGCUGUUGGAAGCACCCGCCUGAUUUCCAUGGACCUGAAUCCUGGCGGUGGCUUCACCGAGGUUGACGAAGGCAAGGAGACAGCCGAGUUCCUUGCAGAGAUCCACGAUGCAGGUGAUUCGAGCAUUUGUCAGUCACCAGCGCUUUGGAAGGGAAGGUGCGGCAACUGGGAGCACUCUUCAGUGCGCCUAUUCAGGAUUGAAGCGAAGGAGAAGCCCAAGCAGACAGCGACCUCACUGUUCACGAGCUACUUUUCUCGCCGUCCCUCGUGGAGUGCGCCCAAAUCGCCCAAUACCGAUCGACCCAACAGCGAUGGAUCAAGCAAAUCGCCCAACGCCGAGUUCGAAGCAUCAAUCGCAGAGAUUGCACCUUUCACUCAAGAUGAUUUAGAACCCGAAGGUUGUUACGUCCUCGAUGCCAAUUCUGACAUUCUGGUUUUACCGGGGCCCUUACUUUCACAGCAAGGCUUGUGGCAACACGCCUUUGUCCAAGCAUGUUUGUUCGCGCAUGACUACGCUAUCUUGUCUGCUAGUCUGGAAGAUAGGCCCGCCAUUCCGAAGGCGAGGGUUGUGUUGGGCGGUCUGCCCAAGGAGGUCAAGGUCAAAUUUAGACGAUGGGAAGAACGUAGAGGACUUUGGGGAUCUGGUGGCCUCAUGGCUGGAAAGGUUACUGGCGAAGAAGGAGGUAUGGUCGAUGUAAGAGAUGUUUUGGGUGUUUGUUGUGGGCCUUGA